GUGAGAACGACUGCUCCCGACAAGUACAGAGUAAAGCCAAGUAACAGCAGUUGUGAACCUGGUACUUCAGUAGAUAUUGUUGUAUCUCUUCAUGGUGGUUGUGCAGCUUCUUUGCAAGACCGUUUUCUAAUUUUGGCAGCAGAAAUGGAACAAUGCUCUGGAAUAGGAGCACAGGAACUAUCUCAAUUUUGGAAGGAAAUUCCUAGAAACAAAGUGAUGGAGCAUAGGUUAAAAUGCCAUGUUGUAGAAAGUAGCAAGCCUUCUUCUUUAACCAUAAAUGAAAAUGCCUUUAACAGUCCUUCAAAAACCAAUGAAGAUUUACACUUUCAGUUAAAGCAACUACUACAAGCUAAUAAAAGACUUCAAGGACAGAUUGAUCGUUGUGUCUGGUUCCAACAACUUACACUUUUCUUAGUCUUUAUCCUAGUCACUAUUGUUUGCUUCUUUUUGUUGUGUGCUCCAGGAAGCUAAAUAUAAUGUCACAACUAUGCAAUUGUGCUGUAAAAAAGCAAAGAACCAGUAUUACACGAUUGGCCCUGCUUAUUGGCCAAAAGUGAGAUCUAUUUAGGUUUUCUUACAAAAUAAAAAAAGGAAUAAUGUGAUCUUUGCCUUUAAUCAGCAAACAUGAUUUUGUUAAUUUAUUAAUGUUAAAAACGAGGUAAGAAUCUUUCCACUGGACACCAUACUAACUUACAAAGUGAAAAUAUAAUUUUCUCUUUAUAUCUGUCAUGCUUAAUUUUGUGAAUGAAAUGUAACAUUUCCUUUAAAAUGUAAUUGGGGAAUAGCAGACUAGAAUUUCAUUUACCAUAAUGUCCCGGUAUCAAGUACCAUCAUGGCCCAUGAAUGUACAGUUUAAAACUGAAGAACUCAUUCCUAAUUCUUAUUCAUAUCUUCCAAAAAUAUUACAACUAGUUUACACUCAACUAUUUGCAGUCAAUAUAGCCCUAUUACCCAGAAGUGGCUACCAUAGUUCCAAAGAUAUUCUUAUAAGACUCUUGUAACUUGUUUCACAUAGAAAGGUGCUAUAUACAGUACUAUGAUUUCAGUAUACUUUAUAGUGAAAAUAUGUCUGCAAAAUAACAGUCACACAUUGAUCUCAAUAUAUCCUAAAUACAUUUUUAGUAAUCUUGGGAUAACUGGUAGAAUAUCAUAAAUUAUGAUUCCUACAGUUUGGAAUGAAAGAUAAAGACA